AUGGGCUCUUCAAAGCGGAAAUCGGAGGAUACCACGCCGAAGCAACCAAAUAAACGGCCCAGGUCCAAUUCCGAUGCAAAGAGCGGCAAAGCGACUGCGGAACAAGAACAGAGCAAGACCCCCAAACCGAAGCCAGUCUCUAUCCUCACCAAAGAACAACCGGCUUUUCCUCGAGGCGGUGCGAGUUUACUCACUCCCCUAGAGCGUAAGCAAAUUCGAGCAAGAGUAGCCGAAGAUGCAGACACGGAACAUAAGCAUUCGCAGGACCUGUUCGGAGAUAGGGACGCAAGGCCAGACGUCGGAACAGACGAGGAUGACAACUCCGGAGAGGAAUUGCCAGCGAAGAAACGAGAAAAAAGACGGCGCAAAGACAAGAAACUGGCAGCAGCCUCAGCGACCGGGACAGACUCAGAGGUUCAAAUCGGUGGCCUCAGCUAUAAAAGGAUUACUACAGGCUCUCUCAUACUCGGCCAGAUCACGUCUAUAAGCCAAAGGGCGCUGACUGUGGCCCUACCAAAUAACCUGGUGGGUUACGUGCCGUUGACGGCAAUCUCACCACAACUGAGUCAAAAGAUACAAAGCCUUCUCGAUCAGGAUGAUGAAGAGCACAAUGAUAGUGAAAGCGACCGAGACGAAGAGCAGGACAUCGCUUUACCAGGAUAUUUCCGUGUUCAUCAAUACCUGCGGGUCGCUGUGACCUCUACAGAGCAGGAGAAGCCAGGAUCGAAAUCUCCUGUUCGAAAACGAAUCGAGCUGUCUGUUGAGCCAGCGCUGACCAACAUUGGCUUGGACCGGUCGAAACUCGUCAAUGGCGCCGUUGUCCAAGUCUCUGUGAGCAGUGUCGAAGACCAUGGGCUGGUGGUAGAGCUGGCGCUAGAAGACGGUAAUGUGCGCGGGUUCAUCCCCAGAAAGCAGCUGCCCAGUGGCAGCUCUUUAUCGACUAUCAAAACUGGCGCCGUUCUACUGUGCCACGUUCUCGAAAUGAGCUCCAACAACAAGGUGGUAAAGCUUUCGGCAGACCUCACCAAAGCGCCAGUCAUGAAAUCUGCUCCCUCUGUGGAUACUUUCCUUCCAGGUACAAAAGCAGAGAUCUUAAUCAGCCAUGUUACGGAUGCUGGAAUUUCAGGAAAGAUCAUGGGCAUGUUAGACGUCACGGCCGACAUUGUUCAUUCAGGCUCGUUUAAGGAUCGACAAACGUUUCUUGCUCAAUACCAGGUCGGCAAAAAGAUUACUGGUCGAUUGAUCUUCAAUUUCCCCCUUUCGGACGUGAAGAAGCUGGGAUUCUCUGUGCUAGACAACGUCGUCGAAUUGAGUGAUGCCAGCGAGGCCGCCGAGGGAGAAGGCGGGAAACUGGCCUUGUCUUCCACCAUCGAUGAAGCAUCAGUCAUUCGCGUUGAGCCAGGGCUAGGUGUCUACCUGCAGCUAAACCAAGAUGAUAUAGGCUUUGCCCACGUAUCUCGUCUUUCAGACAAGAAGCUGGACACCGUUUCCGAAACCAGCGGCCCGUUUAAGCUUGGAUCCGAACACAAGGUUCGAGUACUUGAAUACAAUCCCCUGGACAACCUCUACAUAUUGUCCGCUCAGAAGAGCGUGAUUGAACGCCCGUUCCUGAGAUUCGACGACGUUCCUCUUGGUGCGGUCGUCCAAGGAACGAUUGAAAAAUUGCUGGUCGGUCCAAGCGGAAUUCAAGGCCUGUUGAUCACCCUAGGAGAGGGCCUGAACGGUCUUGUGCCUCAAAUACACAUGUCCGAUGUUGAUUUGAAGCAUCCAGAGAAGAAGUUCAGGGAGGGUCAGGCCGUUACUGCUCGAGUCUUGUCCACUGAUCCGAUCCGGCGCCGUCUGAGUCUUACACUUAAGAAAGCUCUGGUGAACAAUGACCAGAAACCAUGGCUACGCUUCGAAGAUAUCGAAACCGGUGAUUCCACAGUAGGAACAUUGACUAAGGUCGACCGCCUUGGUGCGGUCGUUCGAUUCUACGGCCCGGUCAGAGGAUUUCUGCCCGUGUCUGAGAUGAGCGAAGCAUACAUCAAAGACGCCACGGAGCAUUUCCGGGUCGGUCAGGUUGUUUCAGUAAACGCGAUCAGCAUCAACGCUCCGGAAAAGCGCUUGACGGUAUCGUGCAGAGAGAUCAAUGCACCAAGUGCAUCGACCGAAAGCAUCCUUGCGACAUUGCAACCAGGCACCCUUACCAAUGGCACCAUAUUUGAAAAAUCUCAAAACGACGUGUUGUUGCGCUUAGAAGGAUCCGACGCUAUUGCGCGGUUGACUCUUGAUCAUAUCGCCGAUGGAUCUCUCAAGAAGCGAGAAUCCGCAAUCACCAAAGUUCGAGUUGGCCAGAAACUAGAAAACGUGCUCAUAUUGCAGGUCCUGGCAAAGAGGAGAUUGGUCUUAAUCUCCAACAAACAGAGUCUGGUCAAAGCCGCGCAAGAUAGCACCUUGCUCCGAGGCUAUGAGCAACUUCAGCCCAAUGCAACUGUGACCGGCUUCGUGAAGAAUAUCACAGAAGAUGGUGUCUUUGUGGGCUUUGCUGCUGGGAUAACCGGGCUGAUAACCAAGUCUCAAGUACCUGUCGAGGCUGAAAACGAGCCGGACUUCGGGAUGGUUAAACUACAACCUAUAACGGCCAGAGUCCUGUCCAUUGAUUAUAGGGGUGCGACACCUCGCUUCUGGCUCACAAUGAGAGAGACUCUCGCUGCUGAUACAGACAUGUCGAGCAGGCCUGAGGCUCCAGAGGAUUUUCCAAAGCUCAUCAAUCCAGUAGAUGCGAGUCUUGAAACCGUCAAAGAUUUAUCCGUCGGGAAGGUCACAAAAGCAAGGAUUGUCUCCGUCAAAGAGACACAGAUCAAUGUUGAAAUAGCCAAAGAUGUGCAAGGACGCAUCGACGUUUCGGAGGUAUUUGACGAUUGGAAGGACAUCAAAGACCGGAAGAAACCAUUGAGGCAAUUCUCUUCGAAACAAGAACUCAUUGUUCGAGUGCUUGGAGCACAUGACACGAGAAACCACAGGUUUCUGCCGCUGACCCAUCGGAAAGGGAAGAACAUUGUAUUUGAACUCACCUGCAAACCAAGCUCAGUCUCGGGUCCAGAGCAAGCCCGAUUGACAUUAAAAGACAUGACAGUCGGAUCACCAUGGCUUGCUUUCAUCAACAACAUCUCCGACGAAUGUGUGUGGGUCAAUAUUUCACCCACCAUUCGUGGAAGAAUUCGAGCCCUCGACAUCUCCGACGAUCUGUCGCUUGCUGCCAAUCUGUCUCACAACUUCCCUCUAGGCUCUGCUCUUCGGGUCCGAGUGCUCAAUGUGGACGCCGAGAAAGGACAUCUGGACCUGACUGGACGCUCAGAUGGAACGGCCAGCUCUUUGACGUUUGCGAAUAUUUCGGCGGGUCUUGUGCUACCUGGUCGGGUGACGAAGGUUACGGACCACAACAUCGUCGUCCAGCUUAGUGAGCAGGUGGUGGGUGUUGUCGAGUUGAUCGACAUGGCAGACGACUACGCUCAAGCGAACCCAGCAAAGUACCAGAAAAAUGAUGUUCUUCGGGUCUGCGUGCUCAAAGUGGAUGCUCCCAACAAAAAGGUUAACUUGUCAACGCGGCCAUCGAAAGUCCUCAGCUCGUCAAUGGCGGUUACCGACCGAGAAAUCACUUCACUCGAACAGUUGGCUGUCAAUGACAUCGUUCGUGGUUUCAUCAGCAACGUGGCCGAUAAAGGUGUUUUUGUGACACUGGGCCAUGGGAUCACAGCAUUUGUCCGGGUUAGUAACCUGUCGGACAGCUAUCUCAAGGAGUGGAAGGAUCACUUUCAGCGUGAUCAGCUUGUGAAAGGGAGGGUCAUAAUGGUCGACAAGGAAUCCGGUCAUGUCCAAAUUAGCUUGAAGGAGUCUGCACUGAAACCUGACUACAAAGCGUCCCUUACCUUCAACGACUUGAAGGUCGGAGACAUCGUGACUGCCAAGGUCGUCAAAGUCGAAUCCUUCGGGGUUUUCAUUCUCGUGGACAAUUCCGAGAACGUGCGUGGACUCUGUCAUCGAAGCGAGAUCGCUGAACAACGGGUCGGAGAUGUCGGCAAGUUGUUCAGCGAGGGGGACAGAGUCAAGGCCAAGGUCCUGAAGAUCGAUACUGCGAAACGCCGCAUCAAUUUUGGCAUGAAAGCCUCAUACUUUGGUGAUGUUACAGAAGACGGUGAAAGUGAUUCUCAAUCUGAGGGUGAAGCCGAGGAAGGUGGCGUGAUUCUCGGCCAGGAAGGAGACGUCUCCGGAGACGAUGAAGAAGUGUCACCCCAAGAUGAGGACGAGCAAGAUUCGGAAGGAGACGCAGAGGACGCUGACGAUAGGCUUGAAGAUGAGUUCGAGGAAUCUGAAGACGACCAAAGAGGCAGCACGGUCUUACUUGACGCCACGAAGCCGACCAGCAACAAAGGUCUCUCCGUGGGAGGGUUUGACUGGUACGGCAUUUCCGAAAACACACGGAACAAGCGAGCGACUGAAGCGUCUGAUUCAGAAGCCGAAGAUUCAGCCAAAGCACCCAAGAAGCGAAAGAAGCGAGCACAAAUCCAAGUCGACCGAACGGCAGACCUGGACGUAAACGGACCUCAGUCGGUGGACGACUUCGAGCGGCUACUCCUUGGUGAACCGGAUUCCUCGCUCCUCUGGCUCCAGUACAUGGCCUUCCACCUUGACCUAGGGGACGUCGACCAAGCACGCCAGAUCGGUGAACGGGCACUGAAAGCCAUCGGCCUGGGUCAAGAAGAAGAAAAGCUCAACGUCUGGGUGGCACUGCUCAACUUAGAAAAUGCCUAUGGAGACGACGAAAGUAUUGAGGCCAUGUUCCAACGGGCGUGCGAGUACAACGACCCGCAAGAGAUCUACUCACGGUUGACCAGCAUCUACAUUCAAUCUGGCAAACAGGACAAGGCAGACGACAUGUUCCAACGCAUGUUGAAGAAAUUCACGCAGGACCCCAAGAUGUGGGUUAAUUAUGCGCAUUUCUUAUUCGACACGGUGGGCGACGCAGAGAAAGGCCGGGCUCUCCUCCCGCGAGCGCUUCAGACACUACCGCGAUUCACGCACUUUGACGUUACCUUGAAAUUCGCACAGCUUGAGUUCAAAUCUUCCCACGGGCUAGCAGAGCGGGGACGCACCAUCUUCGAAGGGUUGAUCAGUUCCUUCCCGAAGAGGGUGGAUCUAUUCAACGUGCUUCUCGACUUGGAGCUCAAGCUAGGAGAGGAGAACAAAGAGCAAGUGCGAGGGCUGUUUGAGCGAAUAUUUGGCGGCAAAUUGAAACCCAAGCAGGCCAAAUACUUCUUCAAACGAUGGAUGGAGUUCGAGGAGAAGGAAGGAGAUGAACGGCUGGUUGAGGAGGUCAAAGCCAGGGCAGCGAAGUGGAUCCGAGAUGCUGGCAAGUAG